GGGAGGCAGUGGCUGGACUUGGCACACAGGAGAGCCUUGCUCCUUCUGCAUGCACUCCCUCUGUGUGCAGAGAAAGAGGGACUGGGUGCAUUGUAUAUAUAUGUUCCAAGAUGAAGUGCAUCCUAAGAGAGGAUUGCUUGCAAGAAGGGAAAUAAAGCAAGCAGCAGCUGCUACCCAGAGAAAUCCCCACAUAUAUUUUUGUUUCCUUCCUGGCACAGCUCUUGCAUGGAUAAGCUGAUGAACAGAAGCCCCAGUAUCUUAACAAAGUACACAGACAUAUUGGCAACUCUGAACCUCUGGGGAGAGAAGGAAAGGACUUAUUUAUAUGCUGACUGCCCAAGAAAUCUGACUCAGGAUUCCUUCCACCCCGGAUGUCACCUUGGUCAAGCCUUCUGAAUAAUUCAUUGCCAUGAGUGCUGUUCUCUUGCCCGUCACCCCCAAUCUGCAAAACUCAGAUGACGAGACCUGUCUCACCGUUAUUGCCUUGCCCUCCUCUGUGGUUAUGACAUCUGGUCACCCUUCAGAAACACCACUGGCAGAUUUUGAGAGAUGAAGUUGAAGCAAGUCACUUUUCCAGGCUGUGCUCUUAGCAUUUGGAAAACCCUCUAGAAUAAGCAAGGAGGAGAUAUGGCACUGUGAAGACCAAAUAACACAUAUAUCAGCAAAUAAAGAAUGUGGAAAAAUGGAACGAAAUUGAGUAUUCAGAUGCGUGGCACCAAGAUCAGCUGAUGAGGAUAGUACUUUUUUUCCUUUUAAUGUGUCUCCAGAUGAUGAAAUGGAAAACUGGUUUUGUAUUUAAAGAUGCGAUAUAAAGUUAACCAAAUCCUCAUUACUUGUUUUGCAUGGAGAAGCAUUAACUCACAAUGCUAACAACGUAACAUUUCUGGAGAACAAAAUAUUUCUGGUAUAAAUACUGAUAUCCAACCUUUGUCACAGAAGAUCCAUAUCUAGGUAACCAAGAUUAUUUUAAAAGUGAUUUAGGUUUCACUGAGGCAUAUUCCCCAGAACAGAAGAAAUGAGAAGGAUAAUUUUGAAAUUCUUAUGAGUCUUUUAGUUUAUUGGCAUGUUUCAGGUAGAGCCUUCCCUAGAUUAAUUUGCUUAAGUGCAGUUGUACCUUUACAAAACAAUCUGUCUGCCCUCUUUCUGAACUAAUGAGUCAUUGUUUUAAAUUUCCAAGCCUGUUGAAGAAAGUUUUUCUGAAUUGACUUCAUGCCUAGUUUCUCACUUCACACUUCUGAAUAUUCAAACUCCUUCUCUUCUGUCACUAUGGGCUUCAAGCAAGGAAACUUGGAGAUUUUAAUUCAUAAGCAUGAUGAGCCAUUUGAUUUCAAACCAGAUUGGUGAUCUGGAAGUUCUGGCUCUCUGGUGGGAUUUUAUUACAGGAACAAAGAAGACACCACCAUGGCGGAAAAGUGUGAUUACAUCGCAAACAUGUAUGGUUAUGAUUUGGGUUGCCGUUUUAUCAACUUCAGACCCCUGGGCUUUGGUGUGAAUGGGCUCGUACUGUCAGCAGUUGACAGCAAAAGUUGCCGCAAGGUGGCUGUGAAAAAGAUCGCCAUCAAUGAUGCACAAAGCUUGAAGCAUGCCUUCCGGGAGAUCAAGAUAAUCCGUCGAAUGGACCAUGACAACAUCGUGAAGGUCUAUGAGGUGUUAGGACCCAAAGGAGCAGACCUUCAAGGGGAUUUGUUUAAAUUUAACAUGGUGUAUGUUAUCCAGGAAUAUAUGGAGACAGACCUGGCCCGUCUGUUGGAGCAAGGACCACUCUCUGAGGAACAUGCCAAACUUUUCAUGUACCAAUUGCUCAGAGGCUUGAAGUUCAUCCAUUCAGCCAAUGUUUUGCACAGGGAUUUAAAGCCUGCCAACAUCUUCAUUAACACAGAGGACUUGGUGCUGAAGAUUGGUGAUUUUGGAUUAGCAAGGGUUGUGGAUCAGCAUUAUUCACACAAGGGUUACCUGUCAGAAGGCUUGGUAACAAAAUGGUAUCGAUCGCCUCGUUUGCUCCUCUCACCCAACAACUACACCAAAGCAAUUGACAUGUGGGCAGCUGGUUGCAUUUUAGCAGAGAUGCUUACAGGAAAGAUGCUCUUUGCUGGAAGCCAUGAGUUGGAACAGAUGCAGCUCAUUUUGGAGACCAUUCCCGUUUUCCAUGAAGAGGACAAGGAAGAACUGCUCAAAGUCAUGCCGACGUUUGUCAACAGCACCUGGGAGGUGAAGAAGCCCUUGCGGAAGCUUCUUCCAGAGAUGAACAGCCAAGCUAUUGAUUUUCUGGAGAAGAUACUGACAUUCAAUCCCAUGGACAGACUGACUGCGGAGAUGGGGCUGCAGCAUCCUUAUAUGAGCCCUUAUUACUGUCCUGAAGAUGAGCCUGUUUCUCAGCAUCCUUUCCGCAUUGAAGAUGAGAUUGAUGAUAUUUUGCUGAUGGAAGCCAACCAAAGCCAGAUGUCCAACUGGGAGAGGUAUCAAGUGAGUUUGUCUUCGGAUGUGGAAUGGAAACAUGAGAAAUGCCAUGAUUUGGACGAGGUGCAACGUGAUCCCCGAGCAGGAUCGGAAUCCAUUGCCGAGGAAGCUCAAGUGGAUCCUCGAAAAUAUUCCCAGAGCAGUUCAGAAAGAUUCCUGGAGCAGUCACAUUCUUCCAUGGACCGAGUAUUUGAAGGGGAUUAUGGACGAUCAUGUGAUUACAAAGUGGGGUCACCUUCCUAUUUAGACAAGCUGCUAUGCAGGGACAGCAAGCUCCACCAUUAUUCAGAACCCAAACUUAUCUUGGACUUGUCCCACUGGAAAAGGGCAUCUAUUGCACCCACAGCAGAGAUAGCUUUGGAAGAGGAACCUUCCAACCUUUUCUUAGAGAUAGCCCAGUGGGUGACAAGUACGCAGACGGGACUUGAUUGUCCCAAUACCGUUCCAGAGAUUCAAGAACGAAGUUUGCCAUCUUCACCUCACCAUCUCCAAAGAGAAUCCAAGGAAGUUGAUAGCAAAAGUGACCCUCAGUUUGACUUGGAUGUCUUCAUUUCCAGGGCACUGAAACUUUGCACGAAGCCUGAGGAUCUUCCGGACAACAAGCUUAAGGACAUCAAUGGUGCAUGUCUAGCAGAACACCCAAAUGAGAUUGUACAGACAGAGGUGUAUCAUAAAGAGAGAUGGUAAAAAAAAAGACCAAAAAUAAUUAACCAAGGUUCUAGUAAUCUUAAAAAUUCUUCCAUUUUCAUGUGCUACUUACCCAAUGAUGAAUAGCAGUCAAGGUUUGAUCACACAUGGAACAUGCUGGCUUAUUAUCUAAUGUUACUGAAAUCCUUCAUGUUAAGGGCAACCACAAGCCAAAAUCCCCUUUUGAGGCCUUGGCAGGAAACCUAAAAGGUUUCCCAAGGUAUGACUGAAAUGUAGGGAUUCUUAUGCUGCCUUAACAGUCUUGCCUUUUUGCUCUAGGGGACAUGUUUUGGACAUCAGCCUCCAGUGUAGAGAUGUCCUGCAAAAGAUGUUAAACUUUUAAUUUUACAGAGGAGUGUCAAAUCACUUUUGCUUUGAGAGGCAGGAAGGUCUGAGCCCUCCUUCACAGAACCAGGCGCCCCUGUUUCUUAGUAACAUCACAAUUUGAUAUGGUGCUUUCCCAUGUAUUUUCAGUCUUCAUGACAUUUGUAAGGCAGGGCAGUACUACUGCAUGCAUUACAAACUGCAGCUGAGAGACUGUGGCCAGAGCUUGAAAAAAGUACCCUUUCAAGUUCUAAUUCUAAAUUUGACUCACAGUGAGUUUAUGUUUGAAGUGAAAGUUGAAAUGGGGACCUUCAGCCUUCAGCCUUGAAUUCUUUAUGCUUGUUUAGGGAGACUCCAUAAGGUUAGCCCAAUGUAUCUUGCUGUUUCAGAUGGAAUCCAAAAUGACAUCCCACCUACCCAGGUCAAGAUACAUAACAUUCAAAGCUAGCCAUUUUAUUCUGGCAUCUAAGGUAGAAAAUCUCCUAAAUCCCUCUUCUCUAUUCCCGAUAGUGCAACACUAAGAAAUGGGAUAAUUAUCAAUUUGCUGCUUGAGAUGGUUGCCUCACUUUGCCUAAUGGUAGGGCUGGACUCAGAGAUGCAUGUUUUGCAUGGAGAAGGUUCUAGCUUCAGUUCCUCUCAACUUACCUUUUACAUCAAGUUAGAAGAGUUCAUUUAUUAGAUGACAGAAAAUAGAACCUUCUCCUGAGAUAAUGAAGAGUCACUGCCAGUUGACAUGGACUAUACUGGGUCAAAUGAAGAAAUAAUCAAAAGGGAACCAUCUGUCCUUUACCCAAAACUUUGUGGGUAAAAAAUGCAUUGACCUGGAUCCUAUUGUGCCAUUAUAAUUUUGCAAUUACACAAUGAGGGAGGGGAUGGGCAAAGUGAAUUUGCCCUCCAAAAAUGUCCCCAGCCACCAUGUAGAAUGUGAGGAGGGCAUUUUCACUAUGUUUUGCUCCUCUGGGCCAUUUUAUACCUGCGAGAGGUCUUUUUAAAAAACAGAAAGUGACUUCUGGUUCCUUUUCUGUUAUAGAACAAGGCCUCUUUUGAGCCUAAAAUGACGG